CCUGCUGAUUGCAAGGCUGGACCGCAGAAGGAGGAUCUGCUGAUCAUAGAUGCCGGAGGGAGGCAGAAGAACAACAGAGGCAUCGCAGUGCUAGAAGUCAGCGUCGAGGAACGGAGCAGAGUAGAACAUUCACAUCUCCCUGUACUUACAGUGAGAGGAAAGGUCCUGGAUCCUCUUUAAAAACCACCAGACAUCCCAGGCUCGACUGUCUGCUUUGGCCGCUGUCAUGGAACGCUCAACGCAGGAGCUCUUCCUCAAUUUCAUGAUCGUCUUAAUCACUGUGCUGCUGAUGUGGCUGCUGGUCAAAGUUUACCAGGACUGAACCAUGGAGUCAAACGUUGAGGGAUUCAUGGGAAGCAGGAGACGGGGAGAGAUGGGUGUGCAGAGACGUCAGCAUGGUCACUGUAGGACUUUACUGAUGAGUGAAUUCUCUUCAGCCAUGUUGCUAGUGUUUUCUUCAUUCUUUUAGCCAGUACUCACUAGUAUGGUCCAGAGCUGCAGUCAUAUAAAAGUACUGGCCGUGUGCUUUUGUUAAAGCUUCAGUCUGUAAACAUAUUCUGGGAUACUUUUGGAAUGUGGCCCUGAAUUCCAGAAAAGAAUCGAAAGAUUAAAUCAAAUAUAGAUGGGAGGUGAAUAAAAAUAAUCAAUCUGGUUCUAGUCAUUGGGAAACAUGAUGGCUAGAACAUCACUAUAAA